UAUUGUGAUUUCGAACCAUUUCGAUUUGACACAUGGAGCGAUGACAAUGAAGCAAAUCGAACAGUCGUUGGCGAUGUUUCGGAAAUCGUGCGUAGAAAAAACUGGAGUUGAUUCAGCUCUAAUCGAUGGAAUGCAUAAAGGAAAUUUUCCAGAUGAUGACAAGCAAUUAAAGUGCUUCGCGCUCUGCAUAGCCGAAACUGCUGGAACAUUAACCAAGAAAAAGGAGUUGUCGGAGCCAAAAGUAAGAAAACAAAUUGAAACCCAAUUGCCAGCCAAUUUGAGAGAACUGGCGCUGGGUGCAUUAGAAAAGUGCAAAGAUGUUCAAAAAGGUUAUAAAGAUCCCUGUGAUAGAAUGUACUAUUCCACAAAGUGCAUGUAUGAGUUCAGCCCCAAUAACUUUUUAUAUCCAUGAAAGAUAACUGAUAUCAACAAAAGAGAGUACAACAUUU